UUGCAGGUGACACUGCCAGUAGGUGUUUUUAUCUCUGUGUAGGUUGGAUAAAGCAGAAUUGGUGGGGCGAAAGCUAAUACAGUCUGCACAUUGUGGGACAACAUUACGUGGUGUGGACUGCUGGUGUUUUUUAAUAACUGGACCAUCCUGUUGAUAAAAAAAACAGUAGGGGAGGUGGCUCUUUUCCUUAAGGUUGGUUUUUUUUUUUGAUUUCUCUGUACAGGCUGAAAGUACUGUCCAUAGGCAAGUAACAGCAGAACUGACUUGCUCACUCUUUGUAGAUUACAAGACAAUGGAGGUAUCUUAAAUCUGAUCUCAUCUCAUAUUAUUACUGUUAACAGUCUCAGAACAUGAUUAAAUACUGUUUAAAAAAAAGAAAAAACAACAAAAUCCUGGAUUUAGGUUCACAUUCUUUGUCAUCAAAUACUGAAUUCCUUAUUUUUCCUUUGUAGAAGAUAUUUUUAUCUUAAAUUAAUUCACCCUUGCUUUGUUUCUUUUUUUUUUUUCUGAGUAGAAGCUGUCAAUAACAGAGUGAGGAUCAGUUUUCAGAGAGAAGCUGAGUUUGCCUCGCUUUCCUUCAGCACUCAGAGGUGGAUGCAGGAUUUUGGGUGGAAUUACAUGUGAAACACUGAUUUGUGUACUAAUGCUGGCUCAAGAAGUUUGGUGACUUGAUAGCUUGAAAAGCAGAUCCAUGUUAAAAGCAUCUUCUAAAUUGAGUGGGACACAAGUGACUAAGUGUUAAAAUAAAUAAAUAAAUUAGAGUAAUACCUUGCAGAAGCUAUGGUCUUCUAGAAGAGAGAGGUUUAGGAUGGUUUUCAUGAAGACUGGGAAGAAAGAUUAAUUUAGAUUUAUUUCUCUAACCUGUGUUCAGAGAUGCUAUAGAGAGAUUUCAAAGUGUGACUUUUAGUGGAGAAACUUUGGAAAAUGCUAGAUUGAGUGCUCCAGAAUGUUGUUAAAAUGGAAUUAGGAAGCUUUUGAUUAGGAGAAACUAGUAAAUCCCAUGCAAUCUCCAACAGCAUGGCUGAAUUAGAUAACAGCAGAGAGUAACUGAUUUGGAGAGAUUUUAGAUGGUGCAGUGCUGAUGGACCUGCAGGCGUCUGGUUCAGAGAAGCCACCUUGUUGUACAAGAUGUGUGAGACUGAUUUUAAUGCUAGAGGGUUAGGGGUUAAGCACAGUAAGUGUCUUAUAUGACUUGCACAAGAAUUUACCUGCUGUCGGGCCAAAAGCAUGUGUCUAUUAUCUGCAUAUGUGGUUCCAUAAUACAUAGAGUUUUUGGCUGAAGAGCAAAUCUGCAAAUCUUUGAUUGGAAUAAAAUGGAAAUACCUAAGUUAGAACAAAGUGUUCAAGCACUACCUUGUGAGAGUUAUAGCUGAGAUACCAUUCCCUUAACUUUUCAGUGAUGAUAAGGAAUACAGCUGGAACAAGGCUAUGUUGUAUGUGGGUUGCUUCUUUAGAGGAUGAUGGAUUUUGCUAUUUAGCUUUACUGGUAGUGAGAAUAAGACUUAAAUGGAAGUUGCUUGAGAGUCAUCAGUGUUUCUAAAGCAGGGAUUAUCAGAGGCUUCUCUGAGGACACGAAAGCACAGAAAACCAGUUUUUCUGAGAAGUUCUUCACUCCCCCAGGCUAUUAUUUAUAGUAACUGUAAACAUAGUAUGUUAAAGGUUUUUUUUUUUUUAAUUGUGAAAUAAGGGGUACCGUGUCAUUUUGUAAGUAACUGCAAAGGCAAAUGUUUACAUCUGAAGAGUCCCAGUUCUUUAAAUUAGGAUUAUUAUCAAGUGUUCAAAGUGUAACAUGCUCUGAGGGGCUUAGGCAGAACUGUAACACUGCUUGGAAUGUUCUUGUUGAGAUCGCUUGUUAAAAUGUGUGAGCAAGCUGUCUCCAAAGCAUCCUUCUUAUGUGCAAACUGUUUUGUGUGAUGUUUGUUUACCCACUGCUAUAUUAGGGCCUCAUUGCAGUUGUGUGUUAUACAGUUAUGAUUAACCACAAUGAAAAAAUGCUGCAAAACCUGUCAUCUGAGCUGCUGCAGUGCUGCCACGAUGAGGUCAGUGAAAAGAUGGAUCCCAAAUGGAUGCAAACCAUCUGUGCUUGGACUGGUGAAUGAAGGUAGCUUACAACACAACUGUAUGAAUUCAUGAGUGGUGAUAUGAUGUUACCGCAGAGAAGACAUUACUUGUUUUGUUUUUAUAGAGUACUGUUUAAGGCUUCACUUGGGUUUGUGGAAGCCUGAUCUUCAGAUAAUCACUUCUAAACCACAAUCUAGUUGGCAUACUUAGCUGCAUAUUUUGGUAGAAGCAAGAGUAGACAGACAUUACAAAGAAAUACAUGGAAAUAAGGGCUGAUCAUAUUGCAGGCUGAUAUGUUUGCCAGAAAAGCUGCUGGCCUGGAAGAAGUUGUUAAAGACAUUCCUUCAUUUCAGCACAAUGUAAAUUGUGAAUUGUGUUUUCAUCAGAGACACCUGGUGAAAAUAAGCUGUGGCAUAACCACGAGCUGCAAGCUUUCACAGAGCCUUUGUUGCUUCUGUCCUCCUUUCUUCUGUACGACUGAGAUGAACCUAUGGAGGAAUGUUGCUGUCAGAAGAUAAAAAGUUCUGGACUCGUCCCCUAAGAGUUAAUAUUAAAGUAAACUCACUGUUAGGGGUGUGAUGUGUAAGAAAAGGUUGGUUAAUCUAUAUUGCUGCUUGGCUUUAUUUAUUUGUUUAUUUUUUUCCUACCCAAUGUAACAGAGGUGUAAAGCUGUUUACUGAGAGUCCAAAGUGCUUGGGGGUGUCUCUGUACUAAUUCUUUUUUUUCCAUAGAGCGAGAAGUAACACAAUUAGUGUAUGCAAACUUCUCCCUGUACUGGGGAUACUAACGAGACUGCUUGCUGUCACCAGAAAUGCCCCUUCCAUAGACAGCAGCUUCCCACGCUACGGUAUGCAUACACAUCAAAUAAUUAACAAAAAAUCAUUACUGUAGGAAUCGGGAUCGUAAUUUCCAUGUGUUAUGAUGACUCUUCUGCUCUGUCUUCAACCUUGUACAUGUGUGGUGGUCGGGUGUGUUUCCUGAUAGGGUAUUUUGCAGCCCAGAGAACUUAAUGACCAAUAUGCAUGAGAUAUGAACGUUAGGUUUGGUGAUCGGAUUGUACAAGGAGCAUUCUUGCAGAAGCAGGAGCUGUAUAUAAGGUCUCUCUACUGCUUUAACAUAACCUGCCCUGCCCAGCUUCCUCCUGUUAGAUCAGAACAAAACACUGGUCAAGCUGAGAGGCAGUUUAUUUCCCACAUGUGUUCUGCAUUUCAACCUUUAGCAUGUGUCAAUAGUUUUGACUAGAAAAAACUAGUAAGUUUAUACUUCCCUUCUUAACAUUUAAAAACACUUUGGGAACUUAUUUUCAGUUUUUUUUGCAGAACUGAAAUGUUGCAUGCUGAUGGGAUUCUCAGCAGGCAAAGCGUGCAUUUUGUUGAAAAGCUUCCAAGCCUAUCCAGAAGAUUUCAGAGUUGGGCCGAGCUGGGGAAAGAUCUGUGUUUGAUUUCAACAGUCCCGGAUAGCUUGGAGAGCUGGGCUGCGUUGAAGCUAGGUCAUUGGACGCUGUUGAACCUCUUCAAGGGGAGGCAGAAGACUACCGAGGAUUACACCAUCCCCGGUCUUGGAGGCAGUGUUUCUGAAGACUAAACAGCUAGCAGCGUUGAUCUGGAGUCCUGGCUCAACCGGGAGAAGCGGUCCCUGCCCGUACAACGCCUUCACGGCGGUGAUGAACGAUGGUGCCGAGUGUCCCCCUGCGAGUGGCACAACCCUGUGAAGUCCUGGACAUCUCAUUGCAAACACCAUCCGAGGGUUGGUGGCAUGCUGUGACUUGAAAUAUAUUCUGACACCUGGCAGCACAACCCCACGAGGGAGCCGUUUCCUGGAGCUGGACACCAGAGUCCUGAGGCCAGCUGAACACGCGUUGUUUGGGUGCUGGAUUUUGCUUAGUAGGGGCUGGUCCUGUCCUGCUCUGCUGCAGACACGUGUGGUCUCAGGGCUAGGGAGCCAGGGCAGUGGCGGAGUGCUGCUGCUCCUCCAGAGGUAACCGUGGCCAGGCUGGCUCCCUCACCCUCCCCGAUGCAGUGGCAGCCUGCAGGCACUGUUCUUCCUCAGGGCCCCAACCAGCCGUGUCCCUCAAGCACCAAAAGCCACGUAGCCACCACCCUGCUGCCAGCUGCAGGACAGAGCCUCUGUGACCACGGUGUUGGCAAAGACCCACCGGCAGAGAGGACAGGUCAACGGCAGAACAGAGGGAUGAGGACUCGCCUGGGCUGCCUGUCUCACAAAUCAGACUCAUAUAAUGAUUUCACAGCUAUUCUUCCGGACAAGCCCAACCGGGCUUUGAAAAGACUGUCAACAGAAGAAGCAACAAGAUGGGCAGACUCCUUUGAUGUCCUUUUGUCCCAUAAAUAUGGGCUGGCCGCUUUCCGCGCUUUCCUGAAGACAGAGUUCAGCGAGGAAAACCUCGAGUUCUGGCUCGCCUGCGAGGACUUCAAGAAGACCCGCUCAGCAGCCAAACUGGCAUCCAAGGCCCAGCGGAUCUUUGAGGAGUUCAUCGACGUGCAGGCUCCUCGAGAGGUGAACAUAGACUUCCAGACUCGGGAGCUGACAAGAAGAAACAUGCAGGAGCCCUCCCUCUCUUGCUUUGACCAAGCUCAGGGGAAGGUGCACAGCCUGAUGGAAAAAGACUCUUAUCCCAGGUUCCUGAGAUCCAAAAUUUACACAGACCUGCUAUCUCAAACCCAGAGGAGGCUCAGCUAAAACAGCAAUGGGGCCCUCAGAAACCAUGUGCUUCCUACAACAGCAACAACCCAUGUCUAAAUGUGAAACUUUCUUGGUGUUAAAAGCAGUGGGGAUGAGAAAAGAGGGAGGAGAGGAAGAGGAGGCUUCCAGAGUGUGAUCUGAAUGUGGAAUUAGGACUUUUUGAGUUUCUGUGCUUUUUGGUUAGCAGUAGCAUCUUGCAGUUGUUGCCUCUCUCUAGCACAAAACCCUAUCCUCUCUAGUCAUGGGGUCAUCUGUUGGGAAGGCAGGUUUCCUUUGAAAUUACUACGUUGGUUUGUCUGUAAAUAAUGUCUCUGCACCUUCCCAUCCUUCCAGACACCUCCCUGGCUCUCACCUAUCCCCGUGUUUGGAAGGGCCCUAAGGGCAGCUCUGAAACUUGUGUAGCCAAGUACGAUCCAAAGCACCAUCCCCCACACUGGCUGCUGGGGUCUGGAUCCUGAGGCUGUGAGGAGGCAGAGAGGGUGGGAGUGAGAAGACAAAGGCACACGAUUCUUGCUGCUUCCCACAGUGGAAGCCAUCAGCAAACUCAGCUCACCCUUCCAUUUUGGUUGCACACCUCAUGAUGCCACAGCAGCUGACCUGUCACAGCCCCUCCAUGCCCUUGACUGCUUUUCUUCCAGGGGUGGACACUGGAUGCUAUUUUUGUGUGACUGUCAAGGAGCUGAGUUUUUCUCAUCAGGAAGGUAACCCCAAAAGCCCUUGCUAGACCUGGUCUUCUAGUGCAAAUGAUUGUUUUUCAGUGAUAUUGUUUAUGUGUACUAUAGCUCAGCCUCAGGACCCCAGUCACUGUAAGGCUUCGUUGUGCUAGGCAUCGUACCAAAACUUCACACAAAGAGGCUUUUGGCCGCCAGAGACUUUAAUGACCUCAGUGGCUUCUCGGGAACGAACUGCCAGCUGUCGGGAAAGAGUUGGGAGAAUGGAUGUCCCAUCUGCCCCGUGCUGAGGUGUAAGAAAAGCACAAGAUCCAUCUGCCGUGUCAGGUAUCGUUUCUCAUCAUAGUACUUCGCCAGCGCAUGGCAGGGAGAGGUAAUGUGAAAACACAACCUUAUUUUUUUAUUUACUGAUUAUUGACUGUUGUUGUUACCUACCGAUUGUCCACUGUGGGUUCAAUGCAAUGUAAAGAAAUACUAAAGGCACAGACCCCGCUGCAUGGUGCUUGCUUAAAAACAGGGUGCAGGGAAGCAUGCAGUGAGCAGGACGAGUGUCCGGGUGCGAAGUGGUGUGCAAAGUGUGCUUUGGCCCUGUUCCCACAGCCUGGAUAACCAGCUGCAGGAGAAGGCUCUGUGCAGAUGUCAGUUGUGUAACACCACCUCUGUGCUGUGCAGUAAUUCUUACCAUCUGAAUUUCUGCAGCAUCGCUUUCCCAGUUUAUCAGCUGUCAGGUUCUUGCGAUAUUUUCUAGAGGGGAAGUGGAUUGUCUGUGGGUUUAAGUCUGCAGACCAGAGGUCUGUUUUCUUAGUUUUAGGAAGGUCUGGAAAGGGGCCUCGUGGAUCUUUUCCUUCUCUCCUUGGAGUCAUCCACAGAUCAGAGGUUGGUAAACCUAUGUUCUAGUUUAUAGUGGUGGGUAGGUUUGAUACAUCCGAUAGCUGGUGGUAAAGAUAUAAAUGUAAUCUGGUGUAGACUGAGUAGUCCGAAUUCUGAAGCUAUGCAUAGUGUUUGGAACAAGAUACAAAAGGUCUGCUUGGAUAUUAGAAGUUACUGUCCCUACAUUAGCAGGUUUUGAGGCUUUUUGUAAGGCUGCUGUGCAGGAUGUUAGGAUGGAUAGGUGUAGGAUUAUGAUAGGGAUGAUGAGUGUGUUUGUUUUGUUCUGGAGGUGUGUUCUUGUGGUCUCUAAGACACUAAAUUCUAAAUACAGUACAAAAGCAGAAUUUCUGUUCAACAGGGAAACCUGCUUUUCAGUACCUGGCUGGUCAACUCUAGAAUUCUCUUGUAGUUUUGUAGGCAAAGAUCAUCUUAAGUUAACUUUCACUAAGGACAGAAGGAGCAGCGUGCUCUGGGGUCCCAGACCAGUGUUUCUGGGAGUCCUCUGCCCCUGCCAGGAAACGUGAGCAUGGUGGGAGAUGUGGCAUCCUGCGGCCACGCUCGGGCUUGGCAGCACAGCCCCUCGACUUUUGAAACUGUUGAUGAGAUGCAUGAGGUCCGUAAUGCAGGGGUCAGAGCCCAAAGCCUGAACAUCACUGUGCAAAUUUCACCGUGGCAGCUUCGUGCAAACUUACUUGCUGCCUGUUUGAAGGUGGGAGCAACGAGCAAUGUCUGCAGGGAAAGGGAGGUGGGCUUCAGAUUUUGCUGUAAUUCUGCUUUUAAUGUACUUACUGCUUUUAAAGAGGAGGAAGAUGGCCAUCUUAACUGCCCUAGGGUGUUUCUCUUAAAGCUACUGGUACAUCUUCUGAGUGGGCUUGGAUGAUGCUGACCUCUAGUGCCAGCUGCCACAUCCCAGCGGAGGCUUUUCAGCACACGCCCUGCAGGCACCCAUUGCUGAGAGGGUCACAGGGACAACCAGGAGAUCAGGAAACAGCAGAACGAGAUGUUUUUGUCUAGGAAUGAGGACAAGGAGAAGAAAAUCAGAAGUGAGGACAAUUCCCAGGCUUCCCUGAUGGCUACAAAGGCUGGUCCUGUUCAGAGUGUGACUCCAGAAAGCUCAGUAGGUAACAUCUCCCGACAGGCUCCUCCAGAGUCGGUGUUGGCAUCCUUUUAGUUUGUGCCAGAAUUCAUCAAAAAACUUCAAAGUAGCCAAAAACUCUGUAAAAACCAAGCUCCUCUCUUUCCUCCAUCUGUCUGGGGAAUUGCUUUGAGCAGGCACAUUCAGAAGUGGCACUGCUGGCAGGAACUGUAUUCCUGCCGGCUGGUAUAGGAUAAGUGUUUUGCCCCUUAAAUUGAUGCCAGAUAAUAUCCCUGACAGGAAAUGUCCUAGAGCAUACAGUGGAGCAAAGGUGUUGUCUGAAGCACAUGAAUCUAUCACAGUUAUUUUUGUUCCUGCUCUUACAGUUUGUCUCUCUUGCAGGAAAGCAGCCUAGUUAUUUAAAGUAAUUUAUUAUUAUUAUUUUAAUAAGAAAUUGGCACCAGUUGCUUCUUUUAUGUCAAAUGUCAGGCUGAAGUGAAUUAAAAUAGGCAACUUAUAUCUCUUCCUCUUAAACCAGGGACUGAUGAAGGAAAUAAUGACAGAGCCAAAGCUUCGGAAAGCACUGAGUGAUGACUAAUCCCCAUCGAGGACAAAUAUCCUAUCUUUGAUUCAUCUCUUACCGAUGUGAAAGGGAUAUUCAGAACUUACAAACCCCAUUUUCCCUCUCCACAAGCACACACCUCCAAAAACGUGCUCCCACUUCAAGUAAUGUCAGAGAUUGCCAUCGUAUGAAGAGAGGAAAAAAAACGUUUCACUCAGCUCUUUUAAUUCUGUGUUUUUGCUGGCGUGUAUCCAGCCAGCUCUUAAGUCCUUUGACAGCAAAAGGGAAGAAGAAUUUUACGAAUUGCUUUUCCCUACUCCAUAAACUUCAGGCGUCAUUAAGUCCAGAAGCAGAUGCGGAACCCAAAUCUGCUUUGAGUUUCCUUCUCCUGCUUUGGCCAGGUUUGGGAUUAUUUCCAUCGUUUUAUUGUACUUGUUAAUGUACCGAUGGGUCCCUGCCCUCCACGCUGGGAAAGCGUGAGGGGCAAAGUCCUGCUGGUCUGAGCACAGGAGGGAAGGAGGUGUGUGUGUGUACGUGGGUGUGGGUGGGUGAGAGUGCAUGUGAAUUCAUGUGUACGUUACUUAGUGUCUCCUACUAGAGAAGCUAUUCUGAGACAUAGAUGUGCAUGUUAAAAUAGGAGAAUUAGGCAUAAAUGACAUAAAACGAGAUUUUAGUGGUGUUGUGUUUGCCUCUUGUGUAAGUUUGACUAGUAAUAGGAGAUGUAAAAUUCUGCUAGGCUUCCAAUUACCCGUAAGAGCACAUGUAUCAAACUGAACUGAAUGUUCACUGAUAGACACAAAACCAAAAUGUUUACAGCAUUCAGAGCAAUAGCAAAGCAUACCUCAUGCCAGUCCUGGAGUGCCUCUCGCUUGUCCCUGCAAACUCUCCCCCACCGUGGGCCUCCUCCUUCUCCCUCCAAACCCCUCUCUCCUUCUCAGUCCUGUCCACGUGGGACGUCCCUCCUCUUCCUCAUCUUCACCUCCCUGAAGCACUCCUGUCCAUGUCAGCCUUUCCCUCCACCAGCACUGCUUGAGCCCUGGUCUCUCACAGCCUCCCCUGCCCUCCUGGCUGCAUGCCCUCUGUCCCCAGGCAUCUGUCCGUCCUUCUUUUCCUUUUCCUUCCCCAGACUCUUGUCUUGCCAUCUCCCUCCUACAUACCUCCUACCGUUGCUCCUAGUAGCUAUUCCUUGCCCAUUAUAUAAGAAGAAAAUGCUUCACCUAAUUUAUGCACCAUCUUUCCUUCCUGGGGCUGCUGCAGUUGUCUUGUUCCUUGGUACUGUGUUUUCUCUGGCACUGAAGUGUUUUAUCACAGAGCUGGAAUUAACGUCAGUGUCGUUGCCAGACCAGAGAGUGCUUUUCUUUACCGUGCACCCCUUGGGCUUUGCAGAGGCUCGGCUUGUCCCCAGUGUCGUGUCUUUGUCCUCCAUUUGUGCUCCACGUGCUGUGCUUGCAGCAGGGGCUGGCUAGGUGAGACGGCAGCUGUGCUCUGCGCCGCGCGCUCGGGCACGGAGUCGGAGCUGCCUCGGCAGGGUCGCAGCUGUGCUUCCUUUUAGCUUCCUGAUUAAAAAAAAUAGGGUAAAUAAAGGUGUGCACCUUGUAUUUGUUUAGUGAAGUCAGUCAUUUUGCUCUGUGCCUCCUCUUGGUUUUACUGGAAGGCUGCAUCUGGGAUUUGAUGCUCCGGUAAACUCAAGUGGAGUUCAGGGAGCUGAGUGCAUGGGAGGGAGGUGGCAGAAGGGGGUGAGCUUAGUACUGAAAAAAACCAGAACAUUUCUGGCAAAAAGGCACAGGAGCAAAGGCAGUGCCUGCUUCUGGAGGGACCUGGCAUACCACGGAGGCAGGGGACAGGCACGGUGUCAGUCACUUGUCCCCAGUGGCCCCACAGCUCCCAGUUUGCAGCUCCAGCUGGCCAGCAGUACCCAGGCUGGUGCUGGAGGGCAAGACCUCCUCGCUGCUCCGCUCUGGGCUGUUCUUAGCCUGGCCUGAUGGAGGGAGCAGCUCCUGUGUCUGGAGGUACAGCACUGCCCUGCAGCCCUGCGGUGCCUGGCCCUGCCUGGAUCUACAGCACGACAGUCAGGAGCAGCUUGGCUCUGAGUCUGCAGCAUAGAUAAUGGUGGUGUCCUAAGAGAAAUGCCUUCACGUUGCUCUAUGGAUGCCCACAGCCACCAGCUAAAAAGGACUGGGGGGGAGGAGGCUUUUUGGGGUGUUUAUGCAGCCCUCUGUGGGAUACUGGUGAUGAAAGAGCAGCGUACAUGCACGCCCUGGGGUGGAUCCCCCUUCUUUAAACUCCGUGACUGAUGUAUCUCAUCCUUGCAUAACCUCUCAUCCCCUUCCUCUACAAGCAAAAUGAAUGAGACACACAGAGUUCAGAUGUUUCUCCAAGCUCUCUGGCACCUCCAUCUCCUGUGGGAUGGCAGGAAGGGGCAUCGAGGGCCCCAUCUGGUAAUCUGUCCUGAGUAAGGUGCAGUUCAAGAUGUCUCUGUUCCUUGAGAAACGUGAUCGUGGGUGGCUUAGAAGAGAGGUGGGAGGGAGUUAGCGCACGGGGUGAGGUCAGAACUGAGCCACCAGGUACCUGGGUAAAAGACCAGCUCUUGGAAGAUGUUCCCUAUGCCACGUUUUUAUUUUGAUUAUUUAAAAAUUAUUUAAAGUCCUGAUGCUGUAGCUGCCUCCGCGGUGUCUGGGUGCUGCUGGUGCCGCAAGAUAACAGGAGCAGUUUGGGCAGGACACGCAGGUGGUUCAGUCUGAUUCCUUCCCUCGGGGAGGGCAUGGGCUCGGCUUCACUUUGCCUUCCCUUCCUCAUUAGCUGCUCGUUUGCUAGGCUCGCCUUCCCCUAACGAGGCUGGAGAAGCUCCUCAGCCACAUCAGCUGCCGGACCGGCGAUGACACCCCAGAGUCACGUCACCGCGUUGUAAAGUGUCGCUCACCUUCAUUGUAUAGAGACCGCGAGGACGUGAAAUAAACAGCCUGAGAAGCACCCGCCUUGUGCCUGCGUGUCCGGGAAAGCUGAGGGUCGAGCUCUUGUUCCUUCGCGGGGAGGGAACUGGGCAUGGGUUGUACCCGGGGACGGAGGGUUGUCUCCUCAAACAGCUGCUGAGGGAAAGGAUGAAGGAGCUCCAGGGAGAAGGCAGCCUGGAGAGCGGUGACGGAUCCCUCGGCUCCGGGAGGAAGGCAGCGCGGAUGGGAGGCGUAAGCAGCAGACAAAUUGCCUGCUGCCCUGAACCGGAUCCCUGCAGAAAGCACCCAUCCAUCUGCAGGCCCUUCCCGGACGGAAAGGGCUCGCACCGCAGCGGUCGGUCUCUGUUUGUUCAGCCUCGCUCGAGGGAGGAAGGAAAACCAAACACUGCUCUCCCUGCCCGCAGAGAGGGGCCAGGGGACACGUCCUGCUGUCCUGCAGGUUGCUCUGCCUCAUUGCCAAGCACGAAAAAAAGCUCCUGCCCGAGGGAAAGGAUGCAGAGCAGGCGCUCCCCAAAAAGGGAGCUCCCAGUUUGAGCGGUCCUGGGGGAUAAACUGGGGAGGGAUUGGCGAGAAGAGGUUCAGCAGGUCUGGAGCCAGGGGAACCUUUUCCCCCCGAGGAAAGGCUUACGUGGGAAGCACUGGGGGCACGCAGAGCAUCCCCGAGGUCUGGCAAGUGGGAGCAGGCAGGGACUUGGCCCCGGUGCCCUCCUCCCUGCCGAAGGUGAGCGUUUGUUACACGGCCCCCGCAGGAUUGCUUCUUCAUCUAAAAAAGA